UAUUUCUCAGGGCGGGAGCGUCAGAUCAAGUUGAUCUACCAGGGCCAGCUGCUUCAGGAUCCCAAACGGACUCUGCUCUCCCUCAACAUCUCUCACAACAGUGUGAUCCACUGCCACGUGUCCCAGGUGCUGCGGGAGGCCAGCCCAGAGGAGACAGCUCGCUCUGGGGCUAGUGGGGGAAUCAGGGCUGCAGGCCUGGCUCUGAGCACCAGCAGCCUGGUGGUGCCUGUGUUUGUGGUGAUGUUAGCCGUGGUCUGGUACUUCCGCAUCAACUACCGUCAGUUCUUCACCGCCCCUGCUACCAUCUCCCUGGUGGGAGUCACUGUGUUCUUCAGCUUCCUCAUCUUUGGAAUGCACAGCCGGUGAGCGGGAGAGGAGGCAGGACGGAAGGGCCCUCAUCUGGGCAGGAGAAUGAGAGGGAAAAACAACUGUGUCAGGAGGAUGAAUGGAGUCAGGGGGCCUCUCUGCCUUAGACACCAUAGAGCUCAACUGGAAUCCUAAGAGUGGGUGUGCCUCUGUUUGUGCAUGUACCAGCAAAUAGCAUAAUAUGAGAUUGAUUGUAUGUGCAGAGAUUCAAGUUAUCUGGAAUGUGUGUUUGUUAGUAUGAUGCAGAGAUAAUAAUGAGUGGUAAUUUUGCUUCUCAGAAAAACAUUGAGUGGGUCCAGCUCCUCUUGGUCCUUUAUAGGGCAGAACCAUCAGCAUCACACCCAGGACCACAGGCUGCUUGGUCCACUGUGUCAGCAACAUCUUCUGGCCAGUUUGGCUUCACAUAGCCUGUUCUGUGUUAGGUUGCUCUCAGAAAUUAGGGUCUCUAUUCAAUCAGAUCCGCUUUAGCCGACAUCCGUAUAGAAGUUGUGUGGGAGGUGGAACUGUGUUAGUGCUGUCAAUCCACUGAGGUAUAAGAACUGGAGACUGUCCAAGAUGUCCGCCUUUUGUUUUCAAGGAUAUCUACUCACGUUCGCAUACGCCAAUUCAUGUCCGUCUAUAUCCGGGUUGAAUCCAGUUUAUACAGAUCAACAUCACAUGCACACUAGCACAAAGUGCACAAAGGUGAUGACCUAAGUGUCGUAUUAUAAAUGUUGAAAUCUGACUUAUCUAUGUGGCCGUGUAUGGAAAUUGUCCUUCUAGGCUGAGCGUCAGUUAAACUGCAAAACUGUAGCAGUGGAAACCGUGCUUUGCUUUAAGUAAAUACCACGGAGCCUUGUUUACAAGUUCGAACAAUGGAAUGUGAGAUGUAAUCUACACCUCGAUGAGGCUGAUUAGAAAUCUUUAUUUGAAUUAUUUUCAAUUUGAGUGUAAUUUCUAUCUAGCCUCCACGUUCUCGCUCUGAAUUUCUAAUGCAAGUAGGACAGGUGUGGCUUCGUGAUAAUGAUAAAGAGCAGCCACUCACCGAUUUGACAGCUCCAACGCAGGUGCACCGCCAGAAAUCAGCUAUCGCCGGUUAACACUUGAUCUGAUUGAAUCUAGACCUAGGAUAAUGUAUCUCUUCACAUCAUGGCCACAUACUCUUUUCAUUAUAUACACGUUAACGUUCCAGAAAUGUUUGGUCUUUUUGUAGUACGUGUUUGAACGAGCAAUUCAUUUCCUCAUUUGCAACAGAAACAAAAUGAAAAUUAUACAACUAGACUUGACUCUAGAGCAACUUUGAAACCACUCACCAUGGAGUGGUGGUUAUAUUUCUACUUUCUUUCCAGUUCUUUGGGAAUGAGCUUUCACCUUAGUUAUUGUGGACUGUAACGACUGCCUUAUUGCAAGGCAAAACAGUUUAAGGAUUUUUGUUGCUUGAAUUACUCUACGCUAAUAUCAUUAGUUAUUUUAAACCAUAUAAGUUAAUGCAUGAAAAUAAGCAACAUGUUUGGUUUAGAAAAUACUGUAAAUAUGUAUUUACUGUACAUAGAAUGAAUGGGAUGAAACCACAUCGGACACAUCAGGAUUGCUGUUGGGGAAUUUAACACAGAUGAGGGAAAAUCUCUUUAUCCCUUAUGUUUGAUUGGUUUGAAUGUCUUUAAAUCUGAAGCCAGAGGAAAACAAUCAGUCCCUGUGUAAAGAGGGAGUAUGUCUGAUAUUGGACAAAAUGACAGAACGCAAGAAAUCUGAAUGACACUUAAUUUUACUCAGACAAAGAAACCUCUGUACACUUGGGAAACUGAGAUAUAAAGAAAACCUAGCUGUGCGUCACAUUAAUAUACAAUUGACAUAUUUGCACAUGCACACACACGUGCAUGAAAAAAAAUGUUUUUGUUUUGUGAA